UUUUGAAUGGUUUAUUUUGGUGCGGAGAUUGCGCCUUUCUCUCGUGGCUUUGUGUUUAAACUUUAGUUUAGCGAUAUUGUUCCAUCAACAGCUUUAAUUUAAUAGGUUAUAACACAAAGAGUACUUGAGACAGCAAUAAUUAUAUAUUAAUAAUAAACAUGACUGCCAAAGAAAUUGAGAAUAUCGUUUCAAAGCUUGCAGACACCUCCGUGGAUAUAGCCGUUACUGAUGAAGAAAGAGAAGUUAAUUUUGCAGGAAAAGGACUGAAACUAAACAGCGAAUCUGACGCUAAAGAAGUAGUUGAAGCUAUUAAAAACUGCAAAGGUAUGACAGUUCUGUGUCUAGAAGGAAACACUGUUGGAACAGGUGCGGCUAAAGCCAUUGGAAAGGCACUAGAGGGUCAGCCCAACUUUAAGAGAGCACUAUGGAAGGACAUGUUUACAGGAAGACUCAAGACUGAGAUACCUGAAGCACUGAAUUAUCUCAGUGCUGGAAUAAUGCUUGCCCCAGCUUACCUUGUAGAACUGGAUCUCAGUGAUAAUGCUUUUGGCCCGGUUGGAGUCCCUGGAAUUGUACCUCUACUCAAGUCUUCUUCUUGUUUCACACUUCAGGAAUUGAAGCUAAACAACAAUGGACUUGGUAUUGAAGGCGGAAAGAUGCUAGCCCAGGCACUAAUGGACUCUCAUAAAGCAAGUAAAAAUACUGCUACACCUUUCUCACUGAAAGUGUUUGUUUGUGGAAGGAACCGGUUAGAAAAUGAAGGAGCCAAAGCUUUUGCAUCAGUUUUCAAGGCUCUUGGAACUUUGGAAGAGGUACAGAUGCCACAGAAUGGAAUAUACCAUGAAGGAAUAGGGGCCCUGGCCAGUGCUUUAGCAUCUAAUUCUAAUCUGCGUCAUAUUAAUUUGAAUGACAAUACUUUUACAGACAAGGGAGCAAAAGCUUUUGCUGAAGCUCUUAGUUCAUUACAAAGACUUGAAGUAAUUAACUUUGGGGACUGUCUUAUCAAGACUCAAGGUGCUGAAGCUCUUGGAAAAGCUUUAAUGGAUAGUCAGUAUGCACUCAAAGAACUUUGUUUAGGUUUCAAUGAAAUAGGUCAAGAAGGUGGGGUAGCAAUCGCUGAAGCAAUGAGAGGAAAGGAAAAGCUUGAAAAACUGGAAUUGGAUGGAAACCAUUUUGGUAAUGAGGGUUGUGAAAUGAUUGAAAGAGUGAUGGAAGCUGUAGGGAAACUAGAAAAACUUGGAUCGUUAAGUGAUGAUGAAGGUUCUGAUAGUGAUGAGGAUGAGGAUGAAGAAGAUGAAGAGGAGGAAGAAACAGAUGAAGAUGAUGAAAAUAAAACUAUUCAAGAAAAUUUAGAAUAUUUUAAAGAAAAUCAGACAAAUAACAUUUUCUAUAAUUCAGACAAGGUAUUGGCGGCAGACUUCCUGGCUACUCCAUCGUCCACUAAACUUCUCAAAUUGGGUAGCAGUGGAGGUUCAUUAAUUUUAUCUGAGCUUGGGAACAAACCAACACCAGAUGCAUAUAUAGAAGCAUUUAUUAAGAUUUCGUCAGUCAUCAGGCCUGAAUCCGAUCUUGACGUGAAAACAGCAGCACAGAAUUGUGCAGAUGCUGUGUUCAUGGCAGCGUAUCAAGAAGCAGGUAGCUCUAGUACAGAAUCUGUACUGACUAACACCCUUUUAGUAUACUUAGGUCUUAUCAAGAGUGAAGAUAAAAAAUUUAGACCUGUAUCCGAUCUCUAUGGUCCCAUUGUCUUGCUAGAACAUAUAGUGAAACAGGGAUACUUCAAGAACUCGAGCAAAGAUGUACUACACCUUUUCUUUUCAAGGCCCAACAAAGCCUUGAAUGCUUGUGGAAAAGUUAAACAUUCCCUUCUGCAAGCUCUUUAUCAGUUUCAGAAAACAUAAUUUUUAUUUCUUGUCUUCCUGUCACUAAACAGUUACUCUGAAGAAGAAGAAAAAAUUGUGAUUAUAAUUUAUCUGUACUAUAACUCAAUGCCAUUGUUAUUAAACUGUAAUAGACUCAAAAAUAAUUGUCACAUAAUUCUUUUUGUGAAUGUUAAAAAGACCGUAGUUAAAGAUGCAACUUGUAUUUUUAACAGUAUCGUGUCAGUGUUCUAAUAAGUUGUUUCUCUACUCGAGACUGAAUUUUGUGAUUAUCAGGCAUAGUUUUGCUCAGCGUUUGUUGAUGGGUAGAAAUUAAUAUUUUCUGUACAAAACCUUGCAUUAAAACAAAAAGAAUCCUUUGUUA